AUGUAUCGUAAUUUUAAUACUUUUUUUGAUUCUAAUAGUGGUGAUAAUCCUUUAACUUAUCAGCGUUUGUUUUGGUUUUUUGGUUAUCCUGAGGUUCAUAUUUUGAUUUUACCUUCUUUUGAUAUUGUUAGUCAAAAUAGUUUAUAUUUGACUGGUAGUAAGGAGGCUUUUGGUUCUUUAGGUAUGAUUUAUGCCAUUUUAAGAAUUGCUUUAAUUGGUAGUGUAGUUUGA